GCCCGGACGUUUUACGGGGACGGACCGAAGCAGCAUGACGGCCGCGGAUGUUUGCGGAGACGCUGCUGGCGGAGCAAACCGUGAUGCUGAUGAAAAGGGAGGACAUCAUGUGUUAAAAGGUGCUGUGUUUCUGACCACAGUGGCCUCGGCGGGGAUGAUCGCUGGGUUCGGCUCCACGCUGGCGCUGGCCAAGAAGAAGAGCCCAGAGUGGUUCAGUAAGGGUGUGGCAGCGACGGCGGCGGCCCCCGAGUCCGGGGCCUCGCUGGCCCUCAGAGCGCUGGGCUGGGGCUCCCUGUACGCCUGGUGUGGAGUGGGUCUCCUCAGCGUCGCCGUGUGGAAAGCUCUCGGCGUCCACAGCUUGGCAGAGUUCAGACAGAAGAUGGGGUUGUUCUUCCCGGCCAUCCCGAGGAAUCCAGAGGCUGCAGCCGGAUCAGAACCGUUGGACUGGGACGCCAUCUUCAGGUCCAAAUCACAGGAUCAGCCAGAGACUGAAAAACCCUGUGGAGAUUUUACAGCCUCACCAGAACAAGAAUAGUCACAUAUUGUAAAUAAAAAAGAUUUAAAUGUGAAAUGUUGUUUUCUGGAGGAUUUUUCUGGUGUCAAAGUUAAGGCCCGGGGGCCAAAUCUGGCCCACCAAAGCUACUUAUGUGGCCGUUUAGCCUCCAAUGGGUCUCAUAGUAAAACGUUCAAGAAAACAUUUGUGUGUUGAAAUGUUUGAUUAAUCCAAUCAAAGCAGUUUAAAGGCAAAUCAUUCCUCAGUCCCUCCAGAUUUUUGUGAUCACACAAAAUCAAAAAACCUGCUAAUUUUCAGAAAGUUUUGCUUUAUUUGAUGUCAAGUUGUUGCCGCUAAUUUAUGCAAGUAACAAAGUCACUUUUACUGUGAUGAAUAAUCAAUAAAAUCACUCAUUUUGAUUGAAAAAAAAAAUGCAGAAAUGACUGAUCAAUGUGAAAAUAUUUUAAAUAAUUCUCUCAAGUCGCUAUAAGAAGGCUUGACUUUUUUUAAAGUUGCAAGCAAGAACAGUAAAAUAAAGUAAAAAUAAGGAAUGCAGUUCUAAAGAUUAAUGCAAAUAUUUAAAUUUUUGGUGCUUUAGCAUUAGCUUCUGAAUGCUAUGUUGCUUUAGCGCUACAGUGUUAGCAGAUCUAAUGUUCAUGAUUCAUGGUUUAGAGUUAUCACAGCUAACUUUUUAGUUAGCGGAACCCACCAACUGCAUGGAGUUCCUCAGGGCUCGAUGCUCGGUACCUUCAGCUUUACCAGAGAUUUAUGGACACAAACAUUUUGAGACUUGAAAAGAUUGUCCUGAUUUUUAACUUGGGAAAAGUCAAGAAUGCUGAAAAAAAAUAAGGGUCUUGCUUUUUACUGUAAACAGUUUACCAAAUUUUCAGAAAUUAUUUUUUAACUGUGAUCCAUUUUCUUUGUUUUAAUUGUAAAUAAAUUAAUCAGUGAAACAUUUUCUAGAGUUUUUAGUUUUUAUGCAUUUUUAUAUCUUCUGAUCUGUGAACUGUUCUGGUUUUGCUUUCCGUUUCACUGUCUGAUGUUAAACUUUAGCUAAAAAUGUCUCCAAAUUUGACAGGCUUUUGAUUACACUAGUUAAGAAAUUACAUUUAUUGAUUUGUUUUAACCUCAUGGCACCAUAAUAAUUUUUUCAGCCAACAGUC